GCCCUUCCACAAUCGAGUGAUUCGCUGCGACAAACGGGCCAGGACCAAAAUUGAUGGCUUGUAGGGUCAGGUUGUGUGGCAGUGUUGUCUGCAGUUCUUGUGUCAAUUGCUGUGUUUCUUGAAAACUGCUUGUCUUCACCAAGACUCCUCGUGCUGUCCACAUGUCAUCAGGUCUCGGUGGCUCCUCUUCUAUAUGGUACAACUGAAGGGAGCAUUCCACUGGAGACGCCACAGAUACAGCACCGUUGCCGUCCAUAUCCUCGUCGACAAACAUCUCGGCGGCUGCCAGGGCUGCAUUUUGCAAUGGACGAGAAGUAUCCAUAUUUCGCUGCAAUAGCAGAUCCAUGGGUGCCAUUUGAGCCUCGAAAUCACCCGUGUAGGCAGGUGGAGUGGCAAUGAUGAAGAAGCAUUCUUGCUGUGUUGCGGCAAGGGUAUCCGAGAUGAUGGGUUGAAACUCUCGAAAUAUACCCAAAGCAUAAUAGAUCCCAAUGCCAGACAAGGCCACGAGGCACGGCAGGAAAUAUUUGGCUUGGCCAAACAACGACAGCAUGUCCUUUUGAAAGGCAAACAGGACAGCAAGGAUAGCUACCAACAGGCUAACAACAAUUGUAGUGGUCUGCUUUGUGGUGGGCAUGGCAAGGUUUUGGACGAAGAUCGAAGACCCAAAUUGCGUUUUCAACUUGUCGUCAGGGUGACUGUCAGACAAAUCUGAAUUACAGCUCUGUCGUUUUAUUUCCCAUUGAAGAUGACGUUUGUGUUCUGGGCUCUGGACAAGCACCCCCACAAUAACACCCUCAUUAUUUUUGCUGUCGACCAUGAUGGCCUACCGCACGGUCGCUUUGCGGCGUAGUAGCGCUUGGCUGGUGCUGCUGGCUGCGUCGUCGCGAGGACUGACUGGCUGUUCUGCUUUGGCGGCAUCCACCUCGAAGUCCUGUGGCAACAUUCCUAAAAGCUUGCAAGUCCCUCAAGGAUUUGACAGUAAAGAUGCCUGGCAAAAAUCCCCCGUGACGCCUCUCUCCAUCCAGGUUGGACAAGUCACUCCUCAAGAAGAGAUUUCUGUUUCGGACAUGAUUUCACGGCACACCACCUCUGCUGGCAAAACGAACGCUGUCUUUGAGUCCUUUGGCCUCUUUGGAAUUGUCAAAGAAAUUGACGUAGACGACGAAGGAUUACUGGAGUUUCACAACGUAUACUAUCCCUAUCCACUAUACUUGGAUUCGUCCCAGCAAUUCUAUGCAGCAUUGGGUAGUAGGAAGAUCACCACGUUGUCCACAUGGAAUCCCAUUCGCAUAUUCAGAGGGUUCAAAGCAAUGGCGGCGCGUCUAAAAUCCAAACCCGAUCUGCAGGGGAACUACAAGGGUGAAGGACUCGUGCAGGGAGGAAUUAUUGUCUUUGAUGCCCAAGGGAACGCUAGAGCCGUCUACCAAGAAAUGACGGGAAGUGAAAUCCCCAAACAAGAUAUCUUGGCGGCAUUGCAAGCUCUACAAGAAGAAGUGGCUCUGUCGGAACCCAAGGAGGAGCAAUAG